AUGGCUAUGAAAUGGACUUCAGUUCUCCUGCUGAUGCAACUGAGUGGUCACUUUAGCUCUGGGACUUGUGGCAAGGUGCUGGUGUGCCCCACAGAAUACAGCCACUGGAUGAACAUGAAGACAAUCCUGGAUGAACUUGUCCAGAGAGGACAUGAGGUGACUGUAUUGACACAUUCUGUUUCCAUUCUCGUUGAUCCGAAACAAAAAACCAGUAUUAAAUUUGAAGUUUUUCCUACAUCUUUAACUAAAAGUGAUUUUGAAGAUGUUUUCAAACAACUGAUCGAUCAAUCGACAUAUGAUCUUCCAAAAGCUACAUUUUGGUCAUAUUUUUCACAAGUACAAGAAAUUACAUGGAGAUAUUCUGAAGUUCUAAGAAAGAUCUGUAAAGAUGCAGUUUUAAACAAGAAACUUAUGACAAGGCUACAAGAGUCAAAGUUUGAUGUGGUUCUUGCAGAUGCCAUUACUCCCUGCGGUGAGCUGCUGGCUGAGAUACUUAAAACACCCCUUGUGUACAGUCUCCGCUUGUCUCCUGGCUACCAAUAUGAAAAGCAUGGUGGAGGACUUCUAUUCCCUCCUUCCUAUGUACCUGUACUUAUGUCAGAAUUAAGUGAUCAAAUGGCAUUCAUGGAGAGGGUAAAAAAUAUGAUAUAUGUGCUUUAUUUUGACUUUUGGUUCCAAACAUUGAAUGUGAAGGAGUGGGAUCAGUUCUACAGUGAGGUAUUAGGCAAAACCACUACAUUAUAUGAGACAAUGAAGAAAGCUGAUAUGUGGCUUAUUCGAAACUAUUGGGAUUUUAAUUUUCCUCGCCCAUUCUUACCAAAUUUUGAUUUCGUUGGCGGACUCCACUGCAAACCUGCCAAACCCCUGCCUAAGGAGAUGGAAGACUUUGUCCAGAGCUCUGGAGAAAAUGGCGUUGUGGUGUUUUCUCUGGGGUCGAUGAUCCGUAACAUGACAGAAGAAAGGGCCAAUGUGAUCGCUUCAGCCCUUGCCCAGAUCCCACAGAAGGUUCUAUGGAGAUUUCAUGGCAAGAAACCAGACACCUUGGGACCCAAUACUCGGCUGUACAAGUGGUUGCCCCAGAAUGACCUUCUAGGUCACACAAAAACCAAGGCUUUUGUAACUCAUGGUGGAGCCAAUGGCAUCUAUGAGGCCAUCUACCACGGGGUCCCCAUGGUGGGCAUCCCUUUGUUUGCGGAUCAACCAGACAACAUUGCUCACAUGAAGGCCAAGAGAGCAGCUGUUAGAGUGGACUUCAACACAAUGUCAAGUGCAGAUUUGCUCAGUGCCUUGAGGACAGUCAUUAAUGAACCUAUGUAUAAACAGAAUGCUAUGAAAUUAUCAAGAAUUCAGCGUGACCAGCCAGUGAAGCCUCUCGAUCGAGCAGUCUUCUGGAUCGAGUUUGUCAUGCGCCACAAAGGAGCCAAACACCUUCGGGUUGCAGCCCACGACCUCACCUGGUUCCAGUACCACUCUCUGGAUGUGCUUGGGUUCCUGCUGGCCUGUGCGGCCACUGCUAUAUUCGUCAUCAUGAAAUGUUCUAUGUGUUUUUGGUGGAUGUUUGCUACAGCAGGAAAGAAGAAAAAAAGGGAGUAAUUAGAUCUAGACCUGAAGCGGAAAUCCAUGAUACAUGAGAAUUCUUCAGUUUAUUCCAGCGAGAAGAGCUUGUGACGUAAGAUUCCCUUCCUCCUGUGACCACUUGACUUUUCACAAUUAAGUUUGUCGAAUCAAAGUUUGUUUAUGAAACACUUGAUAAUUUUUUGAAAGUUAGAAAUAUUUUAUUGUGAAGAGAAAAUAAAAUCUGGGGGAUAAUAAAAAAUAAAUAAAUAUGAUAUGGGUUUAUGUAGACAUGUACUGUUCCAAUUCAGAAAUUAUAUCAAAAAUUUAUUUAACUUUAUAAUUUACAUAUUAUACAUGAAUAUGAGACCAUCACAAUAUCCUGUCUUAGUAUUAAUAUCAUUUUAUAAAUGCUUAGAAUGCUUUACUUCAUUUUGGCAUAGUAUUUGGUAGUUUUAACUUCUAUUAAACACCGUCCAAUAAUUAGAAUUGCAUAAACCACGUACCAGAAGGGAACAGGGACGAAAGGCCGACCUCAGUCAUUGGUGACGAGAUCACCCUAGACAGAAGAGUAAGUUGCAAGGAAGAAGCACAGCCCAGGUGAAAUGUGUGGGAAAGGUACCAGAGCCGACCCUUACUGGAGGUCACACAGCAAGAAGUUGUGGAGCAGAACAGGGAGAGAAAGGUUUUGGCAGAAUCUAAGCCCUGAGGGAUUCAGGGCCUGGUGGAGGAGGGAGUGGGAGUGUUGACUUUUGCUCCCUCACCCCUGUGGCAGUCUUCCAGCUCCCAGUCUGUCAGAGAGCCCUUCCUCCCGACCAAUCCAGACACUGCUGCCAUCCCUGACUGAGGGCUUCCUGGGAGCAGAGCAGUGGGCUGCGGGCCCCUGUGGGGUGCUUCCCUCCACACGCUCAGUCUGAGAUGGCAGGCGCCAUAGUGCCCCACACAGGCCGGGGCCUCCAUCCUGUGGGGGAAGCCACAGCCCCUCAGUCUCUCUUUUCCUGGAUCCCACACCACCAUUCCCAGGAACCCAUUUGCACUAUGACAAACUCAAAGGAACAGGGAGACACAGGAGAGGAACAGUAUUCCUGGAGUCUGACUCAUGAGGCAACUGAGGCAAAGUUUCAGGACUCUGAUUUCAUGUUAUCUGUCAGUCAUUCAGAAUUCUGCAAUUGACUUGAUAUGUGGCACAUUAUCAAUGUGACCCAUUUAAGGUUUGUUUUAGGAUACUUACUUAAUAUUUGAAAU